AUGAGACGAUUAGGUGGCGUUGUAUGGCUGAACACGACGGUCGCCGUCGUCGCCACGGCGGCGAUGUUGACCAAUUUUGUGUACGACAAGCAUUUGUUCAAUGUGUUGGAGGUAAACGAAACAAGCUACAGCAACUCCACUGACCAAGGAUUCAUCUUCAACAUCACGAGAGGCGCAGGACGUGAUGUGUUUGAGCUCACUCAGCCUAAACCAUACUAUUUCCUUGCAAGUGGUGGUUACUGCUACAAUGGCAUGAAAGUCGCUGUAAAUGUGGUUGAAUUCGUUCCUGCUCCUCAACCUUCUCCGGCAACAAGCGGGGUUAAGGUUUGCAAGAAAUAUUUAACAUCGGGGGGUAAUAUUGCAGAGUACAACAAAUCAUAA